AUGGAAAAGGAACAACAAAAUCUCAAAACUAAGUGGAAUCUUCAAAAGUCAAAUGCCAAAUGGAUCAAUCCAGUCCAAGCUUGUGGGGAUUUAAAAUGUGCAGGUGGUCAUAAGCUUAAAAAUACAGUAGUUUGUUCUGAAUGUCCUGGUCAUUUAUAUUGGUUAGAUGUUCCAACUAGAUCCUAUAUGUGUAGGGGAUGUGAGAAGUCGUCAAAAUUCCACAGUCUUGAUCUAAUCUGUACGAGAUGCAAAUCAGAAUCAUACUGUAAAAUUCGUGUCUAA